GGUGAGAGAGGCAGGACGAGACGGAAUUUGGAAGGGAUACAGGGAACCAAGGGAGAUAAGGUGUGGGGAAUGCAGAGGGGAGUAAUAGAUUUCUUAGUUAGUACUGGUUUGUUUCAUAGAAUAUAGCUGCUGACUGUUUUGUUUGUUUAUUUAUUGUUACUACUGGUUGGAUUUGUUUAUUUAUUUAGGUAGGCCUAUUUAUUCUCAUAUGAUAUGAUAUAAUGUAAAACUAGAUCCUGUUCUACAUACUCCGGUACAGUAGGUGGCGGUAUGCACCUUUUAAGUUUAAAGUUGAAAGAAGAAGGAAAAAAACGCGCAUCGGGGAAACACUUCCUGGAUUAAGAUCCUCCUUGCUCGGCUUGGAAGCAUCGGCACAGCAGGCAACAUCACGAGCUCAAACGCCUCGAGACUUGGAUAAACAGCACACUUGGAAGAGUUCGUAUUUAAAUGCUCACUGCUUUUAAAGUGUGAACAUGUCUAAAGUCCAAAUGCUGAGAUCGUUUGUGAAGCAGCGACUAACUGCGGCUGCUGAAGAGAUAUUUGGGCUGUUUGAAAGAACGAUAGCAGAGUACGAGGAGGAACUUUGUCGAUCAAAAGAGGAGAACGAGCGACAACGGAAACUACUGGACGCUGUUUUCAACCCUCAGCUUCGGUUACACAGAGCAGACGUCCAGCAGCUGUCGGUGGUUAAAGAAGAGGUUCCCCCUGAGCAGCAGGAGUGGAGCUCCAGUGUGGACCAGGAGGACCCAGAGCCUCCACACAUUAAAGAGGACCAGGAGGACCCAGAACCCCCACACAUUAAAGAGGACCGGGAGGACCCAGAGCCUCCACACAUUAAAGAGGACCGGGAGGACCCAGAGCCUCCACACAUUAAAGAGGACCAGGAGGACCCAGAACCCCCACACAUUAAAGAGGACCAGGAGGACCCAGAGCCUCCACACAUUAAAGAGGACCAGGAGGACCCAGAGCCUCCACACAUUAAAGAGGAACAGGAGUUCACAUUCUCUCCUGUCCCUGUGAAGAGUGAAGAUGAUGAAGAGAAACCUCAGUCCUCACAGCUUCAUCAAAGACACACUGAACAGAUGGAAAUUGGAGCUGAUGGAGAGGACUGUGGAGGACCAGAACCAGCCAGGAACUCAGAUCCAGAUACAUAUUUACAACCUGAGACUGAUGACAGUGAUGAUGAUGAUGAUUGGACAGAGACCAGAGAACCUCAGUCAGGUUUAAAGUCUCUUAGAAAUGAUGAAGACCCUGUUAGUGACUUGGAAUAUAGUGUUGAUGAGAAACCAUUUAGCUGCUCUGAGUGUGGGAAAAAAUAUAGUCACAGUUCAACACUGACGAUUCACAUGAGAUCCCAUACAGGAGAAAAACCAUUUAGCUGCUCUGUGUGUGGGAAAAGAUUUUGUAAAAGUGGAGUUCUGAAGACACACAUGACAACUCACACAGGAGAAAAACCAAUAAGCUGCUCUGAGUGUGGGAAAAGAUUUUCUCAAAAAGGUCAUCUGAAGACACACAUGAGAACUCAUACCGGAGAAAAACCAUUUAGCUGCUCUGAGUGUGGGAAAAGAUUUUCUCAAAACGAUCAUCUGAAGACACACAUGACAACUCACACUGGAGAAAAACCACAUAUCUGCUCUGAGUGUGGGAAAAGAUUUUCUCAAAAAACUCAUCUAAAGACACACAUGAGAACUCACACAGGAGAAAAAACAUUUAGCUCCUCUGAGUGCGGGAAAAGAUUUUCUCAAAACGAUAAUCUGAAGACACACAUGACAACUCACACAGGACAAAAACCAUUUAGCUGCUCUGAGUGUGGGAAAAGAUUUCCUCGAAGUGGAGAUGUGAGGAGACACAUGAGAUUUCAUACAGGAGAAAGACCAUUUAGCUGCUCUGAGUGCGGGAAAAGAUUUUUUCACUCAGGUGCUCUAAAGGCACACAUAAGAACUCAUACAGGAGAAAGACCAUUUAGCUGCUCUGAGUGCGGGAAAAGAUUUUCUCAGUCAGGUGCUCUGAAGGCACACAUGAGAACUCAUACAGGAGAAAGACCAUUUAGUUGCUCUGAGUGUGGGAAAAGAUUUUCUCAUUCAGGUGAUCUGAAGUCACACAUGAGAACUCAUACAGGAGAAAAACCAUUCACCUGCUCUGAGUGUGGGAAAAGAUUUCCUCGCUCAAAUACUCUGAAGAGACACAUGAGAUCUCAUACAGGGGUUUGGAAAGAUAUUUCUGCGCAAAGAAAACUUAGUUGGUCACGUGACAAUCUGUACAGGAGAGAAACCUCUCAGCUGCCAUGUUUGUGACCAGAGAUUCACUUGGCUUCACCAACUCAUAAACCAUCAGUGUGUUGGUUGUCAGUCCUCACAGCCUCAUCAAAGUGAAACUGAGGAGAACAGAGAGGCAGAGCCUCCAGCCAGCAGCUCAGCUGGUCAGAUGGAAACAGAGGCUGAUGGAGAGAACUGUGGAGGACCAGAACCAGCCAGGAACUCAGAUCCAGACACACAUUUGCAACCUGAGACUGAUGACAAGACGGGAGAGUCUUCUGAACCUGAGACUGAUGAUAGUGACAAUGAUUUGAAAGAGACCAGAUAAUCUCAGUCUUGUUUUUGCUGUGAACUUGUAGCUUCCUGUCAGUUGUUAGCAGUUAGCAGAAGGUUAAACUGUGACUGUGACGUCUUUUAGAUGUCAGGAUUUAUUCACUGUAAACUGGUAACAAACUUAGGCCUCUCCAGUUCGUGUAUUUACAGUAUUUGCCAGUCGCUACUGGACGCUGUUUUCAACUCUCAGCUUCGGUUACACAGAGCAGGUUUGUUCAUUAAACAUUACAAGUUCAUGAUUAAUAAUAUAACUGCAGCUUUGUUCAAUGAAUAUUCAGUCUGUCGAUGUUUAAAAGCCACGUUAGCUUCUCUGGUGUUGUUAAUUAUUUCUACUUCUGGCCAUCAUGUUGUUUUUCUUUAGAUAUGUCAUUGGACAAAUGCUCUUUAACAAUUUAGUGGGAUUUCUUAACUCAUAAGGGACACAGGUAACGUGUUUACUUCCUGUAAAUAGAGCAGUCAAUCUGAUGUCCAUAUAUGUAUUUUGUAUUUAUCUGUUUUAACAUCUUAAUUUGACACAAAAAAGCAGUCAUAUCUGUAGCAUGUUUUACUGUUUCAUAAUACGUGUCUCAGGAUUGCACUCACCAGCCACUUAAUUAGGUACACCUUGCUAACACUGGGUAGUGAUGGUGUGAUGAAGCCCCGUGAAUGUAUCGAAUCUUUCCGGCCAUUGCUUCACCAAAAGGCAGAUUACACGAACCCCUGUUUAACAGCUCAUUUGGGAGUACUACACUGAACAAAAAUAUAAACGCAACACUUUUGUUUUUGCUCCCAUUUUUCGUGAGCUGGACUCAAAGAUCUAUAUACACAAAAGACCAUACCCCUCAAAUAUUG